AUGAGUAUCCAUUGGAGCACACCAUCAGGCGUCCCAGACAAAGUCGAAGAGAACCCGAUCGAACCAACGAACUUCAAAUUGGACCCAGCACUGUUCGACGUGAAAGUCUUGUUACCAAAAACUACACCAACAGUAAUUACUGGGACGGAAUUGCCGGACGCAGUUUACGAAAUGACGGCUUCGGACGUGAGAGCAAUUUGCCUUGAAAACGCCGUUGAGGUAUUUAAAACUAAAACGUUUAUGGAGAAACAAAGACUGGAGAGGAAUACAAAAUAUAAGAAGACGACUAUCAAAUUUAAGUUCCCUGACAACUUGGAGGUCAGUCGUAACUUUCACCCACUCGAGUUCGCGGAGGACUUGUAUGUCUUUAUUAAAGAGUCGAUGAAAUGUGACGGCAAUUUUGUGAUCCGUCUGGGAGUGGGAAAACGAGACGUCAUAGCGUGUGACAAACAGUCACUUGCGUCCCUCAAUUUGGUGCCAGGAGCGGUUCUUCUGGUCACUAUACAAAACUUCAAAACAAUCACAAAGCCAUACCUCAAAGACGAUCUUUUAAACAUUGCUACACAACGACCAUAA